UCUUUUUGAUAGCAUCCGCGCUGCUUGUCCUGUGGGUCCUCCUGCGAUGGCGCAACAGUAACAGAUGACAACUGCAGAGAGGAUGAUAAUGCUAAACUUUUCGUCGGUCUGCCUGUGAAACCUAGUACAAAGCAAAUAGAGGAAAGACCGUUCUCUCAAAAUCUGAUUACCUUGAGGGAUAAAAGAUGGAAAGACAUCAGAGCUAUUCUUACACCUUCAUUCACUGCUUCAAAAAUGAAACAAAUGGCUCCUAUAAUAAAUGACGCUGUUGAUUCCCUCAUUAACAAUGUGGAAAGGAAAAGUAAUGCUGGAGAAUCCUUUGAUAUUUACUCAAUGUAUCAGGGUCUUACCAUGGAUGUCAUUGGCAGAACAGCAUUUGGGAUCCAAACGGAUGUUCAAAAUGACCCAAAUGACCCAUUCAUCAGAUCGGCAAGAGUUCUUCUCUCUGACGACAUUCGGAAUGUUUUAGCUAUCAUAGCAGCGAGUUUCCGUGAAUUAGAUCGUUUGUGGUUCUACGUCAAUAGGAUAAGAUUUAUGUUCAAGAACAAAGGAAAGAAUCCUAUGACAGAACUGCUAGAGUCUGUGAAAAAAGUCAUAAAUCUCAGAAGAAAGAAUAAAGAGAGUCGACGAAACGAUUUGCUCCAAUUGAUGUUAGAUGCUAAGACCGAUGAAACGUCCACUGUCACUACAGAUGACCUUACUGCUAAAGAUAAUAUUGACACUACAGAAAAUCAAACUACAGGUUCAUCUUCAGGAAAGAUUAUCCGGCAAAUGACUGAUGCUGAAAUCAUAAGCAAUUCACUUCUUUUCUUCUUGGCUGGGUAUGAAACGACGAGCAAUGCCCUUGCAUUUACUACACAUUUUCUACUAAAUUACCCUGAAAUACAAGACAAAGUUAGAGAAGAAGUGCUACAGCUUUUGAAGUCCGAGAAUGAAUUGGAUUACUAUUCAGUAAACAAGCUGCAAUAUUUGGAUAAUGUGUUACAUGAGUCCCUGCGACUUUAUCCUCCAGUUCAUCUAUUUGUAAGCAGAGAAUGUGGAGAAGACGUACAGUUUGAUAAAAUUCGUUUAAAAAAAGGAUUAGCCGUUCAAGUACCUGCAUUUAUUUUACACAGAGAUCCAGAACUGUGGGAGGAUCCAGAGAAGUUUAAACCAGAAAGAUUUGCUCCUGAGAACAAAGAAAAACUUAACCCUUUAGCAUAUCAACCCUUUGGAGCUGGGCCUAGGAACUGCGUUGGUAUGAGGUUUGCUCUCAUGGAAGCUAAAUUAGCCUUAGCCAGACUUCUAUCAAAGUAUAAGCUCAAACGUUGUGCAGAAACUGAAAGUGAACCAAUACCAUUAAUGAUAAGACGAAAUUCUAUAAAACCUGGAAAGGGAGUUUAUCUGAAGGCUGUCCCAUUCUAAUCUUAGGCAGGAAAAUAUGAAACCAUGUUAUGCUUGUAAAUAUAGAAACUCGUGGAAUAAAUUUGUCACAUAUUUGUUUCAGUAACCGAUGUUAUACCAAUGUUUUGUGUAUUUUAACUAACAAUGUGUUGUGUAUUUUAAAUUGUAAUAUAGUACAUUAUCAAUGAUAUUGUUUAGUCAGUGAUGCUUUGGAUUUGAUGGUUUAAUGUUUGGAAUAAGUGUUUCAUUAAAAAAUACUCCAUAAUUUUUCUUCUUA